AUGAUUCAACAGAGUGACUUAAAAGAAGUUUCCCCUCAACCUAUCGCAAAUGAAGGUGAGCUACCUGAUGAUAUAGUAAAAGACAAUAGUAAGAAGAAGAAAUGGUUGGAUUUUAUGCAGUUUUCUAAUUCCCAAAUUAAUAUAUUCACAGUUUUAAGGUAUGUACAAAAAACAUCAGUGUAUCCCUUAGCCGUGUAUUUCCCAUUACAUUCUAUCAACACAUUUAUUGUUCCUGCUAUUUCUCCAAAUUAUACACCAAAUGAAGUUUUAAUGAUGGUUAGAGAGGUUUUACCAUCUCCAGAACUUACUACCAAAAUGUUAGUAAUGUCAGCUUUAGUUCACACAGGCUCUGGAUUUUUAAUUAGGGUUUUAAAUCUUUGGAGAAAUAGAAAACAUCCAAAACAAGAAAACACAGAAACGUUUAUACAUGAGAAUUCACAAGAUAAUUCACAAAAGACUAUUGGAUUAGUAGGUGGUGUAAGUGGAUUUCUGCUUGGAUUGAAAAAGAGAUUUAGUAUCCCACCGCAGGUUGUAUCUGGUUACGUUCUAAAUACUGCUUUGGCGUUUCAUUUAUUAAUAAUGAAAUUUGGACCAUCAUUAGCAAAUAUUGAUAUCGAUUUUGGUUAUGUUAAAUGGAUAUUACAAAAUAACGAAAAAACAACCAAGUGGGUUUUUGGUAUAGUUCCACUAGCGACUUUGAUCACUUCAGGUACCUACCAUAUUUUGGCAGGAUCUUGUCAAUACCUGAAUUUUAAAAGUUUAUCAAGCAGAAGAAAAUGGUCAGAUUUAAUUACAAUAAUGACAGUUUUUGGUGGUGUUUCCUUAAUAAGGUUGUCGACUGCCACUUCUGAUAUAUUUGGAUCAAGAAAUUACAAUGCAAUUUUUAGUGCCUUACACCUAAAAUAA